CAAAAUAUUUUAGGAUAAACAUGGUUUUAUCUGUGUCGUUUUGAUCCCCUCCAUCUUCCUCGCAACGAAAAUGGCAGAUGGCCAUUCAACACUACCACCGACCUCCGCCGCCGGAAACCUAAUGGACGGCGAACUAUCCAGCCUCCUCCAGGUAUGGUCCAUUGCCAUUGCUCUCAUUUGCUAUUCUUACUAUGUAGCUUCCAAAAUCGCUAAGGGACUUCCCCGGCUCCUCUCUCUCUUCCCCGUCCUCUUCAUCUUCCUCCUCCUUCCUCUCAAUCUCCACUCCUUCCAUUUCGGCGGUCCGACUGCCUUCUUCCUCGCUUGGCUCGGCAACUUCAAACUCCUCCUCUUCGCCUUCGAUCUCGGUCCUCUCACCUACUUGCCACUCCCAAGCCUCCUCCACUUCGCCGCCGUGCUCUGCCUUCCGAUCAAGAUCAAGAAGCAAAAACAUCCUGAAGAAUCUAAGAAUCGAAGAAUCGUAGAGCCGAUUGUUCUUUCCGUCAAGAUUUUGCUUCUAGCGAUUAUCAUUCGGCUUUACAGUUACCGAAAUCGUAUGAAUCCAGCGAUGAUUUUCGUUCUUUACUGUCUCCAUAUGUACAUCGGCAUCGAAAUCGUUCUCGCUCUGUGUUCACUUCCAUCGAGAGCGAUGAUUGGAGAGCCGAUCGAACCGCAGUUCAACAAGCCGUAUCUCUCCACGUCGCUUCAGGAUUUUUGGAGUCGUCGAUGGAAUCUCAUGGUUCCAAGUAUUCUACGCCCGGCCGUAUACGAUCCCACCCGUUCCUUAACUUCCCGCAUUUUCCGGCCCAAGUGGGCCCAAUUUCUGGCCAUGGUGGUUACGUUUGCUGUCUCUGGCCUUAUGCACGAGUUGAUGUAUUAUUACUUCACACGUGUCGCUCCCACAUGGGAAGUCACGUGGUUCUUUGUCCUGCACGGCGUGUGCACUGCGGCGGAGGUGGCGGCGAAGGCUGCGGUGACGGGCCGGAAAAUACGAUGGCGGGUUCCCCGGGUGUUGUCGGGGCCGAUGACGGUGGGGUUUUUGAUAGCGACGGCGAGGUGGCUGAUGUUCCCUCAGCUGAUUCGAAAUGGCGUUGUUGAGAGCACAAUCGGUGAGUAUUAUGUUCUAGUCAACUUUAUGAAAGACAAAUUUGUUUGAACAAUUUUAGAAAAAAAAAA